GUCAAGGAUGCAGAUGGCAACCCCACCGACUGCGUGGACCCUACGGCCACUGAGCUCGCGGGUGGCAUGACGAAGUACAGGCCGGAGGUCCUCGUGAAGUGCGUUUGCACUGCUGGCACCGAGUGCAACGGUAUGAUCGCGAAUGCUGGUGUGGCAGCAGUGGCGAGCACUAUCUUUGUGCGCAUCGCGCUAGGCACGCUGCUGGAGCGUGUGGGCCCUGUGAACGUGCAAUCGGGCUUGCUAACCUUCGGCGCUAUCUGGGUAGCCGCCGCGGCCGGUAUCAGUGCACCUUGGAACUACACGAUGAUCCGUUUCUUCAUCGGCUGCGCUGGAGCUACGUUUGUCACCAAUCAGUUCUGGUGCUCGUUGAUGUUUGCUCCGAAUGUGAUCGGAACUGCAAACGCCACGGCCGCUGGAUGGGGCAACCUCGGAGGUGGUGCCACUUUGCUUGAAAAUUAUUACCUUUGCCCAUAA